AUGUCUUAUAUUGCACCAGAAAUAUUUAAAGGCAUCAAAUUUUCUAAAUCGUCUGAUAUUUAUUGUAUGGUCAUGAUUAUGUGGGAAUUGACAACUGGCUGUAAGCCUUUUGCUAAUAUUGAACAUGAUGUUGGUUUAAUUUAUAAGAUCAUUGAUGGGAAACGGCCUAAUAUUACUGACGACACUCCGGACGAUUUUACUAAUUUAAUGAAAAAAUGUUGGAAUCCUGAUCCUAAAAUGAGACCUUCGGCAACGGAAGUUUGUGAAUUUUUUAAUUCUUGGUCAAAUAUGGGAAUGGAUGCCGAAUAUUUUGAUCAAGCUGAAGAAAUAAGAUUAGAAUUAAUAAAAUCAAAAAUGCUUGGACCAGAUUUUAAUGAAAAAUCUCAUCCAAAAGCAAUUUAUACAAGCAGAUCAAUAACAUUUAAUACGAAUACGAAACCAAAUAAUAAACUUAUUGAUGAAUCAGUCAACAAUAAAGGAAUGCAUAUUAAAGUUAGUAACAAUGUUAACACAGAAUCUUAUGAACAGCUUUUAUUAAGUUAUUUAUUUAUUUUUCUUAAAUUUUGA